ACGGAGAAAGGAUUACACGGUGGGGGCACUACUAAAAUCGAAUCAUUCCCCUGGAGGCCCCAUGUUAAACACUGUGGGCAGAUUAAGUUUCUACUCUCUUGAUACCAUUAACGCAGCAUGUUGUCCAUUAAGUCCCUGUGUGGGUCUGGGGAGGGCUGGGGACAGAGCUGGUAUAUGGACCUGGGCUUUUGAAUUCCUCACUUUAGAACAGGAUUAAAACAGUGUGAGAAUUGGAUACUUAUAAGAUCUGUCUUUACUGAGCGCUGGCUGUAUGCUAGGCACUAGAGGUAGGAUGUGAUUUAUAGCUGAGAUUUUUCCCUCAGCACUUUUACACUCAUAAUGAUCACUCUCAGAAGCAAUCUGAGAGAAUCCCUAAGGAGAGAUGCUAUUUCUGUGAGAAUGCAACCUGCCGAGGUAAAUUCUGGGCAUGUUCAAGGCUGAGGUAAAAGGAAAAACAGGAGAGAUUGGGGGGCUGAGAGAAGGCUCAUCAGUUAAGAGUACUUUCUUCUCUUGCAGAGGAUCUUUCCCUGUUCCCACAAAUGGGAGCAUCACAAAUGCCUGUGACUCCAGCUCCAUGGAAUACCGUUGGGACAUGGAGCCUGAUGACAUCACAUCCCCUGCCCGAGGCCUCCAAGCUGCAGAGCUAAGAAUUUAAACCCAGACCACCUGGCUCCACAUCCCUCUCCUAGUAAUCCUACCUAUAUUUCACACAGUACUUUAUUCUCUCACCAUGAAGAGAAAGAGGAACCCAGAGGAGAAGAGUAAAACUCCAGUUAGUGAAGCCUCACCUUCACCAAAUCCUGAUCAGACACAAAACCAGCUCUCUGAAAAGAAGCAAAGAAUCCCAACCACAUCGCUGCCAACUUGGUACAAGGAACCAGUGAUCUUCAAAGAUGUAGCUGUGUACUUCAGCCAGAAAGAGUGGCAGCUACUGGAGCCCGCUCAGAAGGACCUGUACAAGGAUGUGAUGCUGGAGAACUACGGGAACCUGAUCUCUGUAGAAUAUUAUAUUUUCAAGCCAAAGCUGAUCACCAGGUUGGAACAAGGAGUUGACCUUUUUUCCAAAGAGAAUGAUGUUCCUGGAGAGCCCCAGCAAGGUGCGGCAGGAGUCAGCAGAAGUGACACCGCUGCAGGGAAGAAGACAGGGAAUAACUCAAAGACAGAAAUCUGGAAGCCAGACAAUUCUAAGACAACAUCACUGGAGAAGCCAAAGAAAACAGAUAAAGGGGGUGUUUCCCAGAGUUUGAGGGCAGAAAAGAACUCAAAGUGUGAUGACAGACCAUCUCAGAAUAAAGAGAAAGGUGGUUCAACUUCAACUACAGAAGCAGGCAAAACAACCACUCCUGGCCAUAAGAAGCAUGAAUCUGUGACCCCGGGAACAUCUUCGAGUCAAACAUCAGCAACCACAACACCACAGAGUACCCCUCAAGAAAAGUUGACUUUGGGGAAAGACUCUCACGAGAAAACACAGAAUGUCAGCAGCUCCUCAAACCCAAAGCGCAAGCCUGCCCGACAAGGUAAGAACCACUUUAAAUGUAAGGAAUGUGGGAAGACCUUCAACCAGACCCUCCACCUUGUGGAGCAUGAGAGAAUUCACACAGGGGAGAAACCACACAAGUGUGACACAUGCGGCAAAUCUUUCAGGCAUCUCUCGUACUUUCUUACACACUACCGAAUUCACACAGGAGUGAGACCCUACAAGUGUAAGGAGUGUGGCAAAGCCUUCAACAGCAGCUCCACUCUCAACAACCACUGCAGGAUCCACUCAGGAGAGAAACCUUUCAAAUGUGAGGAGUGUGGGAAAACCUUCAAGCAGAGCACAAAGCUCACUCGUCAUCAGCGGAUUCACACAGGGGAGAAACCCUACAAGUGUGGAGAAUGUAACAAGUGCUUUGGCCGCAGCUCAUCCCUGAGGGAGCACAAGAGGAUCCACACUGGAGAGAAGCCAUACCGCUGUCAGGUAUGUGGGAAAUCCUUCAGGGUCAACUCACAUCUUUCGGAACAUCAGCGGCUCCAUUUAAAGGUGAAGCCUUACAAGUGUGAUAAGUGUGGGAAGCACUUCCGAAACAGCUCUUACUUGUCAGAACACAAGCAGAUCCAUGUGCCUGGGGCCCGAGUGGACUGCUCAGAAUGUGGAAAAGUCUUCGCUUGCAAAAUAGCCCUUCUGAAGCACCAGAAGAGACAUGAGGCAGACUCCAGGUAUCGGUGCAAGGGAUGUGACAAGACUUUUAGAUGUAAGUCAAGCAUCCAAAGGCAUGAGAGGCUACACGCUGGAGAGAAGCCUUUUGUGUGUACUAAGUGUGACAAAGGUUUCACUGACAAAACUACACUGAAUAAUCACUUGAAAAUCCACUCUGGAGAUAGGCCAGAUCCAUGUGCCCAGUGUGGGAGAACCUUUAAAAAACUGGCUACCCUGCUGCUUCACCAGAAAAAGCAUGUUAAAAAGAAACCUGAAGAUGUAUAAAAGACCUUUAUCCAGAACUCAUAUUUGGGUCUUUGGAACAAAGUCAAAAUGAGAGAGACUAUGUAAGCGAACAGUCAUUUCAUUUCUUAGUUGUUUUCUAAAAGACUGAUUUGAACCUUUCCCCCACUUGGAGCAUUUGUGCAAUAUAAAGGGACAUUUGUUGUUGUUACUUUUUCAACAGGUGCUACUAUCAACUGCAUCUAUGGAUGGAGGCAAAGGAUGAUGUCAAACAUCCUACAAUGUACUAAACAGACUUUCUUGCCUUCCGAUAACUCAGAAUGAUCUGGCCUCUCUCAAACAAAAGCCCUUUGGGCAUUUGAAUUUGAGAAAGAAUUCAGGUAGAAUUUUCUCUGCCAGCCGCUACAG